AUGGCGCAACAGAGGAGUCGUAAAACAGAGGCGGUGGUUGGCGGCGUGUGGUUGUUGUGCCGUCUCCGGCGUCAAUCUAUUUUGCCGGAGCUCCGCUUGCUUUCCUUUUCAGCUAUGCACCAUGGCGGCGUCAAUAUUCUCUUUAGCUCGUUCAAAAACAUAGCAAUCACCGUUGUUGCACCGCUCGAGUCCAACGUGACUGCUGGAUUUUACCCUAAUAAUACCUUGCGCAUACUUCUGUGUAGUCCAACUGAUUUGCAGCUUAAUUCCAUGGCAGAUCAAAAUAAUAGCAACUACAAUGAAGAAGAAGAGUACUCAAUCAUGACUUGCAAUUUGCCCAAAGACGCAGUAGUUCAGAUACUCUUAUGUCUUCCCGUAAAGACACUACUUCGAUUCAGGUCUGUCUGCAAAUCGUGGUACAAUUUCCUCAAAAGCCCUAAUUUCAUUAAAUUACACCUUACUCAUCAAAUCUCUCGUCCUGCUUCAACCUUUAUUGCUUACAAAAGGGAGAAUCAUAGCCGUUUAUGGCCUGAUCUCUUUUUGCUCAAUCUUCAUCCAAUUGCAUGCAACAUUGAACAAUAUAAUGUCACUAUUAACCACCAAUUGCCUUUACCUUUUGGUACUGAUGACCUUAAGGAUUACGCGAAUUUCAAGGUUUGUUACAAUGGCUUAAUCUGUUUGGUAAAGGAUACUUAUACCUCACCAGUAGUCAUUCUUUGGAAUCCUGCAACUCGGAGAAAUAAAUGCGUUAAUAUACCUUCUGAGUGCUCCAGAUUUACUUAUUUAAAACUAGGUUAUCAUCAACAAAGUAAUGACUAUAAGAUUUUGAAAGUCCCGUUUGAGACUCGGAGGAUCGAUGAAUCGUCGAAGACGGCUUGGGUUUAUACCCUGAGUUUAGGUUCAUGGAAAACAAUACCGUUCACUCUGCUUGACCUAACUGUUGCUUGGGGACCUCAGAUUUCUCUGAAUGGUUUUGUGUAUUGGCUGGCUGGUUCAGGUGCGGUGGUGUGUGUUAUCUGUUUUGAUUUGAUUAAGGACGACUUUAAACUUAUAGACGUUCCUGAUGAUCGUGGAUUUGAUUGCAAACAUGUUCGUAGAAGGCUUAUGGUUUUGAGGGGAUCUCUUGCUAUGAUGGUGUCUGUUGAGGAUGGUUCUGGAGAUACUGAGAUAUGGGUGCUGGUGAAUAAAAUUAGUGGCCUAAAAACAUAUUCUUGGACUAAGGAAUUCAUUAUAGAACCUUUCCCCAAAAUGACAAUCCCGUUGGGAAUCUGGAAAGCUGAUAAGCUUCUCGUUGUAGUUUUACAAACUCGUGCUCUCAAGCAAGUCUACUCUUAUGAUCUGGUUACAAAAAAGAGAGACGAUUUUCAUGUGCCAAAGGAACAAGAUUUAGCAACUUUUAUAUCAAUGCAUGGGCGUUAUUUUGAGAGCUUGGAACUUGAAGAUGGAUAUGGCCGGAGAUACUGA